AUGGGCGUCAUAAAAGUGACUCCGGACACCGCGUCUCUAAUCUCCGCCUGCGACAUGCUCGACGAUAUGAAGAGCGAGUCAAGUUACACGUCAUCAGAAGAGGGAUGCGGAGGUGGCGAGCGCCAUGCCGUGCUCAGCUAUGAGCAGGUGCGGCGACUUAACGACGUCAUGGACGAAGUGGUACCCAUCCACGGCCGCGGAAACUUCCCCACGCUACACGUGCGCCUGCGCGAACUCGUCGCUGGUGUUCGCGCUCGGCUGGAAGCCCCACAAGCCGCUGGUGGAGCGGGAGUAGCAGUACGUGAUGUCAGACUUAACGGAGGUGCGGCCAGUCACGUUCUCACCGACCGCGCUCAGCCAUAUUCUGAUAUCGACCUAAUCUUCAAAGCAGAACUGCCUACCGCCCGCCACUGUGACCGCGUCAAAGCUGCUGUGCUAGGACAUCUUUCUACUCUCCUUCCUCCUGCUACGCCACGCCGCCGUGCAACACCUGCAGGUCUAAAAGAAGCUUAUGUCUCAAAAAUGGUACGCGUCAAUUCGGAUGGAGAUCGCUGGUCUUUGAUCUCACUUGGCAACUCCCGUGGCCAUAAAUCUGUUGAGCUGAAAUUCGUGGACACGAUGCGUCGCCAAUUCGAGUUCUCUGUAGACUCGUUCCAGAUCGCUCUAGAUUCAUUACUGGCGUUCCACGAAUGCGCCCAACUACCCAUCGGUGAGAACUUCUACCCGACCGUCGUCGGUGAAUCUGUAUACGGGGACUUUCACGAGGCCCUGCACCAUCUGGCCGAGAAAUUCAUCGCGACAAGGCAGCCGGAAGAGAUUCGCGGUGGCGGUCUGCUCAAAUACUGCGCCCUCCUCGCAAAACGCUACCGGCCGGCGCGGCCGGACAAAAUCAAAACUCUUGAGCGAUACAUGUGCUCGAGAUUCUUCAUAGACUUCCCGGAGCUCGGGCAACAACGCGCUAAGCUCGAAGCCUACCUGCGGAACCAUUUCGUCGGCAGGGAAGAGGAAGCGCUCAAGCAUAGGUACCUGACAUUGCUGCACGGUGUGGUACGAGAGUCGACGGUUUGUCUGAUGGGACACGAGCGACGGCAAACGUUGGCUCUAAUCGAGGCACUGGCUUGUCGCGAAUUGUGCGCGCGCGCACCCCUCAUGAUGGCUCCGCAGUACUACGUGUGCGUGUGCGCGGCAUGUGCCGCCUGCGCAGCUUGCGCGCCGUGCGCGGCGUGCAUGGGUUGCACGGCGUGCCCGCCAGCCGCGUGCGCGCCGGUGCCUGCCGCACUGCCCGCGCCGUACUGCGAGUGCUGCCGCGCGGCCACGUGCCCCGCGUGA